GCUUCUCUUAAAGGAAAGAAUGGUACCUGAGACAGGUAAAACGCACCAGAAUGCAUUGGAUUGCGAGUUGAAAAGCCUGAACUGUCUUGUUGAACACGGAGCCCAUAUGAUCACCUUUGGUAUGAAAAUUUGACGGCUAUGAAGAAACAUCAACAUUUGCUUCCUACAUACUAAAGUGUCACUUUCAGGGUCGAUUACGGAGAAAGUCUUUUAAACCAGUUAAAAAGUAAAGUGUUUUUUUUAGUUGAAGUACUAGGGACUCAGGGCCUUGUUUUUAAAGUUUCAUUCUUGAAUGAACUCUCAUUUUUGAAAGCAGAAAAUGCUAAUGCUACCAAAUGAGAUACAAAACACACUGCGGGUCCUUAAGGAGAACUAGAGACGUACAACUUAGUCGUUUGUUUGUCUCACUCUCUCCCGUUCCUCUGAAAGGCGCUAAGACCCUGCAGACGCGGCCUGCCGCCCCGGUCUAAGGAACGGAAGUGAAGAGGCGUCUAGGCCGGGCUGGAGAGGAAGGGGAGCGGGGUCAGGUACGCGGAAAGACCGCUGAAGGGGCUCGGCAGCAGCAACAGGAAGUUUUAUCCAGACGGAUGGAAACGCAAAGAGAGUGAAAAGUGUGUUUAUAUAGCCUCUCGAUGCAGGGAUGGCGUGUACGAUGCAGAAGAUCCUGGGAGACGCCCGCACUCUGCUGGAGAGACUGAAGGAGCACGACAUGGCAGCAGAGUCUCUGGUCGAGCAGUCUGGAGCCCUGAACCAGCGCGUGGAGGGCAUGAGGGAGGUGGGCACAGCCCUGCCAGACAAGAACAAGGAAGAUUGCCCAGAACUAAAGGACCUGUCGAAAUACAAACCCCACAUACUGCUGACCCAGGAAAACACCCAGAUCAAGGAGCUGCAGCAGGAGAACAGGGAGCUGUGGCUGUCCCUGGAGGAGCACCAGUACGCUCUGGAGCUGAUCAUGGGGAAGUACCGCAAGCAGAUGCUGCUCUUCAUGACCGCCAAGAAGAAGAUGGACACCAAGCCUGUGCUCAGCCUCCACCAGGAGCACUCCAAGGAGGUGCAGGUGCAGGUUGAUCGGAUCUGUGAGAUGGGAGCGGUCAUGAGGAAAGCGGUCCACGUGGACGACCAGCACUUCUGCAGCGUCCAGGAGAGGCUGGCACAGCUUGAGAUUGAGAACAAAGAUCUGCGUGAACUCCUGUCAAUCAGCCAAGGGGCUGUGAAGCAGCAGCAACGACAGCAGAAGAAAGAGCCGUCUGAAAACACAAUGAAAUAGCACCACCGUGUGGCCAAAGGACGGCAGUGCACUGCGAUCAAAACCACCCCUCACUGCGAGCGGUCUGUCCCUCUGUGCACACUCAGCAGCAGUGAGACUUUUAGGAAGCGGGCUUGACUGGGAGGUUAGACUCCUCAAGCCAUCUGAUACAAUGAACGAGGUGAAAUCGAUGUCAAGAUGCGGAAAAUCAUGACCAUUUUUAUACAUAAGCUCAUUUCAUCCUUUUUAAUAUGUUCUUUUCUUUUUUUUUUUUUUCAAUUCAGUGUUGGCUUUUACUCUGCUGCGGUCCUGUUCAAUCAGCUUUGCCUGCCAGGGUGCUGUAUUUGCAUACAGUUCAGGGAUGGCAGUAAGACUCCUGUUGCAUAGCGGUAUUACCCGUUCCAGGUUUUAUUAUGAUCUUGAUCAGCCACAGUGUGUAGGCAGCAAGCUCAGGUGGGUCUUACUAAACUCUCAGUAAAACCAGGAAUGGAUCAAACUGCUGUGCGUCCCUGCUUGAAAAUAUCCGGCCGCUGAAAUGUGUUUCUCAUCCUUUUGUUGUAAACGUGGCAGCCUGCUCAGUAAUCGCUUCGACUGAGAAACGACAUUAUUGGGGUUUUGACAGAUCAUAUUGAGGUUCCUCAAGGACUGCAGCGGAGGGUCGAAGCUUUGCUUCUUGUGUUAAUGUAAUGUUAUGGUCGUUUAUACGUUUUUCAAACGAGGGUGUUAUUUUGUAUCUAAGAAGUCUUCGAGAGGAGGACCUGAGAUGCUGUGUGCAGCAGAUGUGUGUUUGUAAAGCAGAAGUGUGCUGGCAUGGCUUUUUCUAGUCCUCCUAGUUUAUUAAUAUGGACCAGUCUGUCCACCGCCAGCAUCAUGCCACUAUUUUUCUUUCUUAUAGGAUUGAUCGCUGUGAUUUGCUGUGUGUAAUCUGUGCCACCAAUGUAAACGUGUAACCUGGACAGAGUUUUUUGGAUUUCCUUUCAUAUUUUUUUUUGUGAUUAUUCUGUAUCUGUCAGCAGGACUUUCAAAGCAUUUUUCUCCACAUGGUUCUGAGACUGAUUCCAAGCUCUAGUUCUUGCAGUUUUCAUCGCUAUUGGAAGAUAGACAGUAAACGUCCUGGAAAGGCUGGUCUCCUUCGGGUUACCAUCAGAUCUUUUGUUUCCCAGUCGAGACUUCGUUGGUGUUGUAAAGCCUUGCUCUUCAGUCUGGAUUUAGGCUCCAGUUUGAAAUGCUCCCUUUAGGUCAGCUUGGCGUGUGUGGACUCUCUCUCUUUGCAAGGCCCGCCCCCUCCCUGCCCAGCCGGAUCAGUGCUUCACAGUUGCUGGUAAAUACAAUGUAGCAGCUUCUCAGGUCACACCACAGGUUAGGGUGUCUUUGUAAUGCUCAAUAAAAUGUGAAUAUUUUGAAAAAAAUGAUUGCUUGGAAUUAUUUUAUUUUUUUUUGCUCUAAUUUUUAAAGUCUGUGAAAUAAUUAAUUAAAACCACUGAUCUGAAA